AUGCAGUUUGAUUCCCAUUCGUUGAAAUCUGCAUUCUCGUAUCUGAAUUCUCUACUCAAGGAGUCCUUGAAAGCUGCGGGUGUAGCGUCAUGGAGUGCUCAGCGGUAUAAGCUUGUGGACGGGGGUCAAGGCAAAGCUGGGAGCAGCUGCUACUCAAGACUGACGAGGAAGACGUGGACCAUUGCUGGUCUGACCUUGAUUCUUCUUCUGGCAUCAUGCGGAAUCGUUCUAUCGGUUUCAUUGCAAGGAAUUUCGGACGGACCAUACGAUGUCCUGGAGGAACGGGCUUGCCACCAUCCUGUGGCGCGACUUGUUUCCCAUGCGCGGAAAAGUUUCCAGGAGACUCUUGAGCGCCAGUCCUCCACGCUCGAUGAAGCUGUAGCGGAGUACCAACGGAGAUACAAAAUGCCACCGCCGCCUCAUUUUGAUGAGUGGUAUCGCUUUGCCACGGAGCGCCAGACUGUUCUGAUCGACGAGUUCGAUACGAUAUACCACUCGAUCCUGCCUUUCUGGGGUCUGUCGCCAAGUGUCAUACGCACUCGAGUCAGAGAGGACGUGGGCCCUGUGAACGAGACGUAUGUCAUGGGUCUCACGGUACGGAAUGGCACGAUCGACACCUUUGGCAAGCAUCAGGGUGACUUUCAGGAGCGUGGGACGCGGAAAAUCAUUAAGAAGUUUCAGAAGUGGUUGCCCGCUCUGACAUUACAAUUCAAUGCUCACGAUGAGCCUCGUGUGGCGCUCGCCCAUGAGCAGCUAUCACGACUGGUCAAGGAAGGACGUGCGGCGCAAGCCCGCUUGAAUUCCAAGUCAGCUGUGUCGAACACAUUCUCACCGGGCGACUGGGAGAGCCCAUCACGUCCUGCACCUGGCACAUAUAGUCGUUGGAACAGCUUUGUGCAGCAGGAGACGUGGCUCUACUCGCGACUAUCAUGUCCACCAGAGACAGCAGCCAUGGCUUUGGACGGCAAUGCUUCGGACGACACGGCGGCCUACGCGGUGGACCCGCUGGGUUUCAUCUUUAAUCAAUCGGCUGCCAGUGACGUCUGCAACACGCCUUCCUUGAGGCACCGCCUCGGCUUGUUUCAACGACCCAAUGCGUUCAAAGUCUCCAACGAGCUCACUCCGAUGUUCUCCAUGUCCCACCCAUCUUCGUUUCAGGACAUUCCUGUGCCGUCACCUUUCUACUAUGAGGACAUGUCAAAGUUUGAUCCCGACAGUGCAGUGACAUGGGAAGAGAAGCAUCCCCAGCUCUACUGGCGGGGAAGAACCACCGGGGGUCACAGCCUCAAGGGAAGCUGGCGCCAACUACAACGCCAGCGAAUCAUCGGCAAUCUAACCCAUCCUCAGUCUGCCCAUCAUAUCAUGAGUCUCGAGACUGGGUCUCAAUGCACCUCAAGACGCAAGGCCAAAUGGAGUAUCCAGGAGGCGGAUCAAGCCAAAACACAGGAACACUUCAACAUCCAUUUCACCGACAUCAUCGAUUGUGAUGACGAUUGUGACGAAGAGAAAGCCUUCUUCAAUGAUGUUGCUCAGCCGGAACCCCAGGAAAUGGCAUGGAACUACCGGUAUCUGCUGGAUCUGGAUGGCUAUGCAUAUAGUGGAAGGUUCUACGCCUUCCUGCGUAGUAAAAGUGUCCCCUUCAAAAUUACUUCUUUCCGUGAAUGGGAUCAAAACAUCCUGUUUCCCUGGGUGCACUAUGUCCCUGUGAACAUGGAAGUGCAGGAGGUUCCCGAGCUGAUUCGUUUUUUCGAGGACGAUGAGGUUGGCCGAGAGAUUGCAAAGACAAUAGGUGAGGAUGGCCAGUCGUGGGCUGCUCGAGCUCUCCGAAAUGACGAUAUGGAGGUGUAUAUGUUCCGGCUUCUUUUAGAGUACGCCCGUGUCCAGGAUGACAGAAGAGAGAGCCUUGGAUUUGUGCCAGAGAGCCAGUAG